UUGGACAGUUGGAGCACAACACUGGUGCCACCGGAUUCGACGCUUGCAUCACCGGUGCCGUGCAAGCCUUAAACCCAAGCACCUAGCACCCUUCCGUGUGCGUGUAAUUGCUGAUUAUAGGCUUGCUAUUUUAUAGUCCCAGUGUGUCUAAGCGAGUAAGCAUCUCAUCGGCACCAAGCCUCUCUGUGAAAUUCGUGAACUUCUUGUUCACUUCGAGAAACACAUACACACGUCACACGACACGAGCUUCCCCGGUCCUGAAACAAUGGCGAUCCUGAAGUGUACUUCCAUUGACAGUGGCACGGGCUUCAGCCUGAGCGAGGAUAUGCUCACCGAGAUCAUUCUCAGGCUGCCUGUCAAAUCGAUGGCGCGGUCCAAGUGCGUGGCCAAGAACUGGUGCGCCAUCAUCUCCGACGGCUACCUCCGCCGCAGACUCCCCCUGCACCUGUCCGUGGUUUACUUCCCCGACAACCCGGCUCGCGGCAACGCGCCGAGGUUCGCGUGCGCGGCCAGCGGCGACAGUCAUCUGCUUGAGGACUGCGAUCUCGGCUUCUCCCCGUUCCGCGAGGGCGACGUUGUGUGCGACGCCUGCAACGGCCUUCUCCUGUUCCGCUCCGCCGGCACGCCGCGGUUCUACGUUGUCGACCCGGUGACGAGGCGGUGGGUGGCGCUGCCGAGGCCGUCGAGGGACGCGCGGCUGUCCAUGCUCGUGUUCGACCCGUUCAGCUCUCGUCACUACCACGUGAUCAACUUCACCGGGUGGCACGAGCGCGGGGCCGCGGUCGAAGUGUUCUCAUCAGAGACAUGGGCGUGGACCGCGCGCGACGUGGAGUUCGGCGUUCCGGCGAGCUCCCUCUCCGCCGCCUCGAUGCACUUCCACGACGGCGCCGUGUACAUGCUGGCCUCCGACCCACACCGCGUCGUGCGCAUGGACGUCGCCCCCGACGCCGAGCUCGCGUGCACGACGGUCGAGCUGCCCGAGCCCAUGGACGGAGGCGACGGCCGCGUCGCGCACUCCGGCGGCCAGCUACAUUACGUGACCAGAGACGGUGGGCUGCUCAAGGUCUGGGUGCUCGAGGGCCAGUGGCGCCUGAAGCAUGCCGUCAAGGUCGACGACGUCGUGGAGGGAGGGUGCAGGGGAAGCGAGAUCAGGUUCUUGGCGCUGCACCCGGAGAAGGAUUCGGUGUACAUGUCGUCGCCGUGGAAGCUCGUGGAGUAUGACCUGACGAAGAAGGAGAUCACCGGAGCUUGGGAGUUCGGCGGUAAGGAUCAGACGGACGAGAAGAAUCGUGUCGUCAAAACUUGGCUCGUCCCUUCGUCGUGGUACCUAUCGGAUUCCUUCGCUUCUGGUCACGUGCAGUGCUAACUCAGGGGCAAAGUUUGUCGAUUCGUUCUCUGUUAUCUUGCUUGCUUGCAAAGAUAUAUUUUUUUAACGAACGCUUGCUUGUAAGGAUUGGUACUAAAAAACAAUGUAAUUCUUUGAGUGAAUUGAUGUAUGUACUUCUUGA